CACUCGUCUCCAGUCCGCAACAACAACCGCUCCAUCACCCAUCACCCAUUCUCCAGAUACAAAGCAUACACAUCCCUCUGGCACCCGGCUUCGACCUCACCUCCCGAAUCCCUCCUCUCGAUGCCGCCCGCAGACAGUAUCGCCUCCGACAAUGAGGCAACCGAUCGGCUCACGCACCGCGAACCCGUGUCGCUGAAGCGCGGGCGCGAGGGAUCCGUGGACCACACCGCAAGCGAAGCAGCCAGCGCCGCAUACAUCGCCGCGAAGAAGAACAGGCUCGAGGAGACGCCCGAGACGCAGGAGACGCAGUCCGAAAUAGACGAGGAGAAAGCGCCGAGCAAGGAGGGACGCACGGUUGGCGAGGUGCGCCGCAAGGUUCAGGAAAUGACAUGGAAAGAGGGCGAGCGCGUCGAGCGUGCCGCGUCAGACACCGAUAAGGACGAGGAUAAGAUUAUCUCGACUCCGGCCGAGGGUGAGGGUGAGGAGAAGCGAAGCGAGGAGGGAGACUGGGUCAAGGUCGACAAGGCCGAGGCCUCUGGGGAUGAGGCUGAGGCCGAGGCCACCGGAACCAGUGGGACGCCGGAGACGACUUCGGAGGAUGCGCCCUCGCUCAAGCGCAAGGCUGACGAGCCCACCGAGGAGACUGAGGAGAAGAAGCGCAAAUCCACAUCUCCAACCCCAACCCAUUCGCCGCCCAAAUCUGCCGAGACCGCUGCGGCCGCCGAGCCCAAGAAGCCACAGGCGACUUUCGGCUCGUUCUCUGCCAAGCCGAGCCCGUUCGCAGCGAUGGCUGGGACAUCUGCGUUUGGGACUGCCGCGAAGAAGACCGAACCGAACGCGCUUGACAAGAAGCCGGCGGCAUUCGCCAGCUCGGGAUUUGGCAGCUACUCGUCAGCGUUCUCACCGUUCGCGGCCAAGAAGAGCGAGGCCAAGGCAGAGAGUUCGUCGUUUGGCGACAUUCUCAAGGAGAAGGGAGCCGACGAUGCAGCCGAAGAGAAGAAGCCACAGCUGGAUCGACAGGACGUGCCUACGGGAGAGGAGGAGGAGGAGACGAUGUACCAGACACGCGCGAAGCUGUUUAUGAUGGAGGGUGAGGGGGCGUGGAAGGAGCGCGGCGUUGGCCUGCUCAAGCUCAACCGGCGGCGAGAUGACAGGAGUUGUGCGCGCCUCGUCAUGCGCGCGGACGGUGUACUUCGCGUCAUCCUCAACACGGCGUUGUACGUCGGCAUGUCGUGCUUAGAGGACGGCAAGCAUGUCCGCAUGACGAUCUUUGAGGCGGGCGAGCGCCGCUUUGUGACUAUUAGAACCGCAUCUCCGAAGGUCGCUACCGAGCUGGCCUCAGCCAUUCACGAGCACACGCCGCUGCAGUCCAAGAAGAGCAAGUCGCCUUCGGAGCCAGCCGAAAGCGCCGUCUGAGUGCGCGUCCAGAGUGUGCAUGGUGUCGGGUUUCGGCGAGCUGCCAGGCUGUAAUAUGCAUUGUGUACGUCGCUCA